AUGAAGACAUUUUCGGAGCAAGUGUUGCUGAGCUUCCUCUAUUUGUUGGUUGUCUCUCAGUCCAUUCCAGUUCAUCAAGACACUGGUCACAAUAGCUACGCUAUCUUGUUUGACGCAGGAUCCAGCGGCACUCGCAUGGAAAUCUACAAGUUCCUUGCCAGCGGUCCUUCCCUCCAACCUUCUGACGUUGUCCAGAUUGAUGCUUCACCAGACAAAGUGAAGCCUGGAAUUUCUGACCUUUCUGAUGACCCGACUCAAGUUGAAGCUUACAUGAAUCCUCUACUUAAAUCUGCAAAGCAAACCAUUCCAGAGGACAAACAAGCAUCCACUCCGAUAUUUUUGUUAGCAACAGCAGGCAUGAGACUCUUGCCUGAAGAUCAGGCAAACGCUAUUUUAGAUGAAGUUAGGAAACUGUUUAACGACAAAGAAAAAUGUCCUUUUCUUUUUAAGAACGAUAACGACGUUAGAAUCAUUACCGGUAAGGUCGAAGGAAUUUAUGGUUGGGUUACUGUGAAUUUCCUUUUGGGCGUUUUUGCUUCAAAAAAUUCCAAUUCGUAUGGCAGUUUGGAUCUAGGGGGAGCGUCCCACCAAAAUUCCAUGGACUUUGACAAGAGUAGCCCGGAAGUUAUUGUUUUUGACGUGGCUGGGAAAACAUACAGUGUUUUUAGUCGUAGUUAUCUGGGUUACGGACAAGACCAAGCUCGAGAAAAAUAUCUAGCAUACAUUGCACAAAAAGCAAAUUGCGCUGAGGAUUCCAAGUGUGUCGUGCAAAGUCCUUGUCAUAAUAAUGGUUUCAAAGAAUCUCUUGAAUAUCAGGAUAAAGAGAGUAUAUUUAAGGGGACAGCUGAAGUUAAACAGUGUAGGGAGAUAAUUCGCGAGUUGUUUUUCUGUAAAUCGUGCCCCUUUAAUGACCAACCCAAUUUAAAAGGAAAAUUUUAUGCGUUUUCGGCUUUUUACUAUAUUUUAACAGAUAUAGGCGCUGUUUGUUCUGAUUGCGAGGAAAACACUAUCAACCCGGGUAAAAUACGUGAGUCCUCGGAGUCAUUCUGUGAGAAAGACUACAGUGAGGUUAGUGAAGACCCCUUUGCUAAAGAUAACUGCUUUGGGGCGAAUUAUAUAUACGAGCUGUUGACUGAAGGGUAUGGUCUUAGCGGAUUAAAGAAAAUUACUGUCACUAAUUCGCUGAAUGGAUUCAGUUUAGGCUGGACCUUAGGCGGAGUUUUGCAUAACACAGGCAUCUUGAACGAGUAA